AUGGCAGCGCUCCAGGCAACAGCGAGAGGAGACUCGAUGGGUUUCUGCUCUGUGUAACAGCCCAGGCUGAGUGUGGGUAAGAAGCUUCAGACUCCUUCCAGAUAUUUUGAAUUAUAGAAGAAGAAAUGAAUCUUGCAAAUGACGGUGCAACAUUCAGUGCCAUUUAUGACUGGGACUAUGUUAUGUGGGAAGUUCGUUUGACAUUACUAGCAGCUGGUUUUUUCAGCUACCUGGGAGUAUUUCUUCUCGCUCACUGGCUGUCCUUAUGGAUCAGUGCCAGUUAUCGCACUUUGUCAGCAAAGCAGAAGAUCUUCUGGAAUAUGGAUAUCACACGUGGCCUGUUUGCAGUUCAGAGUUGUGGAGCUGGCUUGUGGGCCUUGCUUAUAGAUCCAGUUUUUCAAGCUGACCAAGUGUAUGCACAGCAGAAGUGGAGCUGGUUUCAUUGCUUAAUAGCCGCUGGCUACUUCUUGCUUGAAAAUGUAGUUAUUCAUGUGUCUAACAUUGUUUUCAGGAUAUUUGAUGUGUUCGAGGUAGUUCAUCAUUUAUUUGCCUUUGGUGGGCUUCUUGGUCUGAUAAUUAACAUAAAGUCUGGACACUAUCUACCCCUGAUGGGACUGCUACUUGAGAUGAACAAUCCUUCAUACUGCAUAUCCUCUAUGCUUGCAAGGAUUGGCUGUGCUAAUACCCUUUUUGGGAAGGCAACCCAAUGGGUAAAUAUCCAUAUGCUUCACUGCCGCAUGGUCCUUAUUUAUCACAUGUGGUGGGUAUGUAUUUCCCAUUGGAAUGAUGUGGUGGAAAAUCUGGGACUUCCAUAUUUUAUUGUUUUUUUCAUGGGGUUAAGUACACUUACAUUAAUACUUAAUCCAUACUGGAUAUUCAAAUCGACUCAGCGGUUCUUUGGUCCAGUUGACAGGAAAUUUCUAAGUACAGCAGUGAAAAAUGCAUCCUGUGAAAAUUUAAAUAGUGAAACAUUCCAAAAGAAGAGGAUAUAGUUCUGCAACAGCUAUUAGGGUUGCAGUAAAAUAUGGCCAGGAGAAAAUGGUGCAGGUUUACUAGCAAGUCCAUGAAAAUAGAAUUGCUUACAAGAAGUCUAUGAAUAUAUUGAUCUGUUUGCAGUUUGCUAUCAGUGUACUAUAUUCAUUUAUCAAAAGUGUUUUAAAAUUGUUGUUGUCUUUAAAAUAUACACACACUCUUUGACUCAGUCAGGAUUGGUGCCAGUAAUUUUAGUCUGGGAGCCUAAUGCCAGACUGGCGUACGAUAUUGAACCUAUUGGUUGGCAAAUAUGGGCCCAUGCAAAAGUAAAUAUCACAUGCAUAAAGUUCCAGCAUGGAAUACAGCUCGACCUGGUUAUAGUGACCUUACAGCAAGGACAUCACACAGAGAGCCAGAGUGAAUGAUUGAUGAGUGAGUAAAUGUGGGGUGAUCUUCGUUCGGUACCAACCCUCAGCCCAUUCUAAAACACUAAUUAGGUAAAAAUUAGUAACCACAUGCCCACUGGGCAUGCUUUUAAGACAUGUGACUCCUUUGAGGAAAAAGAGUAUAAGAAUCAAGCAAAGUAAAUUACUGUGUUUGGGAUUCCUUAAUUGACGCUUGAAGAAGCAACGCUGCUGGACAGAGUAGCCAAAACUCUGCUCCGUGGGCUCGAAUAGGACUGUGAACCAGAGGGGUCUCAAGGCAGCCAAGGCCUUGCCUUGAGGGAAUCCAAGACGGACCAGAGGGCUGAGAAGAACAGACCUGGAGAGAAGAAGCCGUCUAUAAAAUUGGUAACCACCUUCUCUGUUUGCCAAGCAGGAACUGCAUGAGGCUAGCGCAGGGCCUGUUUGUGUAUAUUUGUGAAAGAGAAACUCGUUAAGAGGAAUGUAUAGCUCUUAAUGUAUAGCUCUUAAUGUCUCACAUAGUAGUUGCGUGCUUAAUAUAACCCUUUACCAUUUCUGUAAUUCCUUCUCAAUAAACUGCUGUGUAUUGC